AUGGCGGAGGAGAGCCUGGAGACAGAUGGCCCCAGAUCCUCCAUGCCGGCUGAGCUCCAGCAUCCCCACUCUAAGUACUCUCAGUGGAAGUUUAAACUGUUUAGGGUGAGGUCCAUGGAGAAGGCUCCGCUGCCCAGCGAGUCGCAGCCUGAGAAAGGGCCCUUAUUAGGAAUCUCACCUCCUGCACCUCCAAAUACAGAGUUAAAUAAUGGUGUUGGUCCAGGGAGUGUGAUGAAACUGUGCCUAGGGGGGAAAAGUAAGGAAAAUGUGGAGGGACCAGGCUGGAGGGUAGAUAUGAAACUGCAGGAAAUGGACAACCACAUGAACCAGCUCAGGUGUCUCUGCCGUCUCUGUGGGACAGCUCUGAAAAAAGUCAAAGGACCAGUGCAUGAUGUCCACGGUGAUCUUGAUGGAGCAAGCAAAGGCGCCCUGCGAAAAAUGGGCUGCAAGUUCACAAGUUGGCCAGAAGUCAUCCUCAAAGUCUUCAAAGUGGAAGUGACAGAGGACAUAGAAUCUGUCCAUCCUCUUUCCUUCUGCCAUCGCUGCUGGAUGGCUGCCAUACGAGGAGGAGGUGUGUGUAGCUUCUCCAGAAUCAGAGUCCCUGAUUGGAAACCCCACUCCUCCCUCUGUCACCUUUGCUCCCCCAAGAAAUCUUCAUUCCAGAGGACUGGGAGGAAGAGAAGGAAGAUCAUUCCCAGAGCCCAGAGUCUGGCAAAAAGAGCUAGAGGGGACCACUGCGACAGCAUUGCUGUUGGUGAGAGGAGAGCUCUGAGACCAUUCGGAGCCCAUCACCAUGGUCCUGUGCUCAGGGGCUGGAAGAAAGCCAGCAUCCAGAGAGAGCAAUGGGUGAGAAACAUCACCCACUGUCAGAAAGACCACCUGAGUACCAAGCUGAUCUCUGAAAAGCUCCCUGUGGACUUCCUCUCUUCUUUCACCUGCCUGGUGUGUGACCACCUCCUCUUUGAGCCAGUUCAGUCACCCUGUGGGCACCUCUUCUGCCACAGCUGUUUUAUAAAAUAUUACCAUGUUCUGGGACCUCACUGCCCGGCCUGCAACUCGUCCUGCACUCCUAAUGAUCUCACUCUGCCUGCCAAGGCCUUUUUAUCAGCCCUGCAUUCACUACCUCUGCUCUGUCCCAGAGGUGGCUGUGAUGAGCAGGUAAAGCUAGACUCAUUUAAAGCUCACUAUCUAGGCCAUGAGCUGGAUGAAGAGGAUGCAAACAAGCAGUCAUCAGAACCUGACAGCUACCUGCUAGCCAAUAAAGGGGGACGACCCCGUCAGCACUUGUUAUCUCUAACCCGUCGUGCCCAAAAGCAUCGGCUGAGGGAUCUGAAGAACCAGGUAAAGGUGUUCGCAGACAAAGAGGAAGGUGGCGACCUGAAGUCUGUGUGUCUGACGCUGUUCCUGCUAGCGCUGAGAUCUGGGAAUGAACACCGGCAGGCAGAUGAGUUAGAGGCCAUGAUGCAAGGAAGAGGCUUUGGGCUGCACCCUGCAGUGUGCUUGGCCAUUCGGGUCAACACUUUCCUGAGCUGCAGCCAGUAUCACAAGAUGUAUCGGACUGUCAAAGCCACCAGUGGCCGCCAGAUCUUUCAACCCCUGCACAGCCUCCGAGCUGCAGAGAAGGAGCUUCUCCCUGGCUUCCACCAGUUUGAAUGGCAGCCAGCUCUCAAGAAUGUGUCUCCAUCCUGCAAUGUCAGCAUUAUUAAUGGGCUCUCUGGAUGGGCUUCCUCAGUGGAUGACUCUGCAGCUGAUACCAUCGGUCGGCGUUUUCGCUAUGAUGUGGCACUGGUGUCAGCAUUAAAGGAUCUGGAGGAGGACAUCAUGGAGGGGCUGAGAGAGAGUGGGAUGGAAGACAGUGCUUGCACCUCAGGCUUUAGUGUUAUGAUCAAGGAAUGUUGUGAUGGCAUGGGUGACGUCAGCGAGAAGCACGGCGGGGGACCGAUGGUUCCUGAGAAAGCUGUACGUUUCUCUUUCACUGUUAUGUCUGUCUCUGUCCUGGCGGAUGAUAGGGAGGAGGAGGUUAUCAUUUUCACUGAGCCAAAGCCAAACUCAGAACUAUCCUGUAAGCCCCUAUGCCUGAUGUUUGCAGAUGAGUCAGACCAUGAGACACUCACAUCUGUCCUGGGGCCUAUAGUUGCAGAGCGUAAUGCAAUGAAAGAGAGCCGACUCAUUCUAUCUAUUGGCGGAUUGCCUCGCUCCUUCCGCUUCCACUUCAGAGGCACAGGAUAUGAUGAGAAGAUGGUGCGAGAGAUGGAGGGCCUGGAGGCCUCUGGGUCCACAUACGUCUGCACUCUUUGUGACUCAAGUCGAACAGAGGCCUCUCAAAACAUGGUUCUACACUGCAUCACCCGCAGUCAUGAAGAGAACCUAGAACGUUAUGAAAUAUGGAGAACCAACCCCUUCUCUGAAUCUGUGGAUGAGCUGCGAGACAGAGUCAAAGGGGUCUCGGCAAAGCCCUUCAUGGAGACCCAGCCCACGCUAGACGCAUUGCACUGUGACAUUGGCAAUGCCACUGAGUUCUAUAAAAUCUUCCAAGAUGAGAUUGGCGAGGUGUAUCAAAAGGUCAAUCCCAGCAGGGAGGAACGGCGCAGCUGGAGGGCAGCCCUAGAUAAACAGCUGAGGAAGAAGAUGAAGCUCAAGCCGGUAAUGAGGAUGAAUGGGAACUAUGCCCGCAGGCUAAUGACCCUAGAGGCUGUGGAGGUGGUGUGUGAGCUGGUGCCCUCAGAGGAGAGAAGGGAGGCCCUAAGGGAGCUUAUGCGGCUUUACCUCCAAAUGAAGCCUGUGUGGCGUGCCACCUGCCCGGCCAAGGAGUGCCCCGACCAGCUGUGUCGCUACAGCUUUAACUCCCAGCGCUUUGCCGACAUCCUCUCCUCUACUUUCAAAUAUAGAUACAAUGGAAAAAUAACCAAUUACCUGCACAAGACUCUGGCCCAUGUGCCUGAAAUAAUAGAGAGAGAUGGAUCCAUAGGAGCCUGGGCCAGUGAGGGUAAUGAGUCUGCAAACAAACUGUUCAGGCGUUUCCGGAAGAUGAACGCACGUCAGUCAAAGGCCUUUGAACUAGAGGACGUGCUGAAACAUCACUGGCUCUACACCUCUAAAUACUUGCAGAAGUUUAUGGAAGCUCACAAAGACUCUGCCAAAGCUCUGCAAGCUACCAUUGACCCAGUGGAGAUACAGGAUGAAGAGGAUAUGUCUCUGGAGUUGAAUGAUUUUUGA